AUCAAUUGUAGGCUGUGCCUAAACUGUCAGCAUAAGUUAGUUUGGUAUUCUAAGAGCAAGCUGAAGCAGAUAACCGGUAACAGAUGGCUGAUGAAACACCGCAUGUGGAACGACGAUGGUGCGGCCUGGGAAAUCACAAGCUGAGGACCCCGUACCGCGUUCUGAGGAAUCCGCAUUUGCUCAAGUUCGGCCAACGGAUAAACUCCGAGCUCCGUUCACAGCCACUCUGUUUGUCCUGCUACCGUGCUCUAGAAAGGCUCUACAAUCUCAAGAACAACAAUGCGAAGAUGCACGCGGAGCGCAGAAGACGGGCUGCGGCUGCAAACAGUUCGACAUUGACUAGCACUGAGACCAAGGGGUCUAGUUCCACGGUCAAUGCCGCAAAUGUGCCUCCAUCUUCAGGGAGAAGCUCCUCCCAGGACGGAGGACCCACCACUAGUGCCGCGGCAGCUGCAAAAAGAGCCAGAACGCAAUUGGAGGCACCGGUAGCCUCGGAAAGCACAGAAACCCCUUUCGACGACGACGAUGACGAUCCCAACUCCAAUCUGAGUCUGAAUGCCGUCAAUGGCACCCGAUUGCCCCAUAUUCAACCGAUUCCUCGCAGACGUCAGUUCGUGCACCUUAACAAGAAGGCCAUGGACAUAUAUCUGGCAGGAACAACUGGGGGAUAACUCUGCUCCUUUUCACUGGCACAAUCCAUUUUUUUGAUUAUAUUUCUAAAUGAUUAAAUAUCGAAGCAGGACUUUUG